AUGGAAACUGUUGACGAACAUCUAGUAAUUAGCUCUACUAUAGAUGAUGUCAAAACGCAAUUCCACGAAGUAAAGCCGACCGACAUCGCUGAUUCGAAUGUAUGUCACAAGUCCAAUGGAGUUGACUCUACUUCAAGUGUAGAAAUUAUAGUUGAAUCAGUAGAAGAAAACAAUAUUUUAGACCCUGAGCCUAAAGAUGUAGUUCUUGAGAAAUCGGAAGAGGAAAUUCCUGAAUCUGGAGAUAACGACUCUGAACCUGCAAGUAAAGGUAAUAUUGGAAUUACAGAUUCUUCCAAAAUAAUUGACAAUUCCGGUUCAGAAGAAUCUAUGGGCCUUGCAGUUUUUGGUGAACAGUCUAAAGAAAAACCAGUCAUUUAUACUGUUGAAAUUAUAAAUGAGGUUUCAAGUAAAGACAUUGAUAGUAAUAUUGAACAACCUCGUGUUACUACUGAAACUACUGUACAAUCUCUGGAUUGUAAAAAUGUUGAAAAUGAAGUACUCACAUCAGUGGGUGAGGUAGUAGACCAUGAGGACAAGGUGAAUAGUGGAUCUUUAGGUUUAAGUUCCAACACAGAAUUGUGUAAUGUAGAAUAUUCAACAUUAAUUAAUGAAGGUGUUCAUUUUGAAACUGAGGUAUUAAUAGAAAAGAAUGAUAAUGAUGUGAAUGAAAAUGUUGUUCAAACAGAAAUAUGUUGCAAUGAAACUGUUUCUGAAAGGCAUAAUAGUAUUUUAAGUGAAUUGGAAGAGAAUAUUGAGUUAAGUGAAGUUCUUCAAUCAUCUGAUGUCAAUGAUACUUCAGAAAAUAAUAAUUCUACUGCCAAAGUAGAAGUAUUUAAUAAGGAAGAAUUGUUAGAUAUAUUAGAAGGUAAAGAUGUACCCGAUCUGCAAACUGAAGAAAUUGUGAAAGAGAACACUGAAAUAAUGAGUUCAGACCAGGAAGUUCAGCAAGCAUUAAAGCAAAUUACAAUGCUUAAAAAAAUUAGGAAACGGAGAACACCAAGAAAUGAACAACAAAUAUACAUAAAACAGUUAAACAAACCUGUCAAAGAAAAUUUUGAAAACAAAGAGGAUGGUAUAAAAACUGAGGUAGAUGCUGUGAUAAAACGUAAUACACCAAAAAGUAAGGAAAAAGAUAAUUUAAAAACAUCAAUUGAAAAUCUAAAAGAUACAAAAAGUGAACUCGUUGUUCUGCCAAAACGAAGUGCAACAAAAAAUAAGGAAAAAGAAAAGUUAAUCGAAAAUGUUGCUGUAUUGAAAGAAGAACCCAAAAAUGAAGAGACAGUUGAAUCUCUACCAGAAAAGGAUAAAAAUAUUGUCAAUGAAUUAGUUAUGGAUUGGGAUGAUGAUGAACAAACUGAAACUAACAGUAUAGCUCCAAAGGCUGAAAAAGGUGACUUAGUUAAUGAGAAAGAAACUGUGGUGGAAAACAUUGAAAAUAAUGUAGAGCAAACUAGUCAAUCACCUGUUGAUUGUUUAGUAAGUGAAGAACAGCAGCAUAAUAAGAGUAUUGAAGAUUGUACUGGCAAAAGAAGAUUGUCUCGUGUUAUAAAGAAAAAGGUUAUUUAUGAUCCUGAUAACCCUGACACAUUUACUAAAAGCAAAACACCUUUAAAAACUCUCUCUGGCAAAGAACAACCAUCUCUAAAAAAGAGUAAACUUGAAACUCCUAUAUUACAACAGAGGAAGUCAAGAAGCCCAUCAUCAAAACUUCAAUGGAAAAAACCUAGUCCAAGAAACAGCAAGCAGCACAAAAGAUUAUCUGAAGUGGAUAAGUUGCUAAUGGAUGAGGGUGCAGUGAAUAUGAUUUACCAAUUAACUCCUGAAGCCUCUAAAGGUAGAAAAAAUGUAAAAACCAAAGCAGAAUUUAUAAAAAAAUUACAAAGCUCAACUCCUGAUGGAAAGGAAAUGAAGUUCAGAGAAAGAAAAAAGGAGUUGAAAUAUGAAGACGGUGAAGCAAAAAAGCUUUCAGGUGGUAAACAUAGACCUUCACUAAGUAAUUCAGUUAAAUCUCCUUCAGCUAGUGAUGAUUUUGAGACUCACAGUGCCGAUGACUCAAUUAUUUAUCGUCGGCAUUCCUCAAGUUCAUAUUCAAGUAGCUGCAUGAGUCCCCGUCGUCUGAGUGAUGUGGAAGGCUCUCAAAAUGCUAAACAAACAAAAUUAGAGGCACAAACUCUGAAUAACACAAAAAUGAAUGAGUCACAAGAUCAGUCUCAAGAAUCGACAUUUUUAUCUGAUGCAAACUUAACUUUAAUAGAAGAAAAAAGUGACCUAAUUAACAAAGAAGACUGUCUUUCUUUAAAAGAAAAGCUUAAUACAAAGUUGUCUCUUGCUCUAAAUAAAAGGAAACGUGAGAGUUCGACAUUGGAGAAACCAACUAAACAGAAAAAACUAAAACCAGAAGCUACCAACUUAAGUGAAAAAGAAAAUUCUAAUGUGUUUAAAUUUGUAUCGGUAAAAAUAGAGCAACAUUUGGCAGAAAUUUGUCUGAAAAAAACAGGACUAAAGGAUAGCAUUGAGGUUUUCAAUGAAAUAAAAAAGGCAUUGUUAUGUAUAGAUGAAAACCCAGAUAUUGCAGUGACUUUGCUCUCCUCACAAUGUGGAACUCUCUGCUCUAGUCUAGACUUGAGCAUACUUUUAGAUGACAAUAGUGAAAUCAGGCACAAAUAUGCAUACACUCUUGCAGAAUCUGUAAGGUCGCUGUUUUCUGCUGCCAGUGGACACAGCAAGCUCCUUUGUUGUGGCGUAUGGGGCGCUUGCUCUGGGCCGGCAGUGUCACUAGUGUCUUUAUGUGACUUGGCCUUAGCGUCCGAAUGCGCCACUUUCGCGCUGGCCGUACCCGCCGCACCCCCAUUGCCUGGCGCAGCUGCUAUUGUUGCGCCACAUCGCGGCCUACCGCAGUCAGUGGUGAGUAAUUUGGUGGUCCUCGGUCGUCGUAUAUCAGCGUCAGAGGCACUGCAGGGCGGACUUAUUAGUCGCACUCUGUGGCCAGACAGGUUUGACGAACAAGUCAGGAACAUUGUAAGGGACAUCGCCCUGGAACCACCAAACAACUGCUGCAACCUGAAAUCCGAGUUCGGUUCUCUUAUCGCACAGAUGCUAGUUUCUUGGUUCCUUCUAAAGUUAGUCCUGGAUCUUGAAACAUUAAUAACAUGGUGCAUUACUAUGCUGAGAAAGGCUUUGGUUUGCAUCUUGAUGUUCAGUAAUGAUGAUGCUUUGAAUGCCUGA